AUGUUAGCUAAUAUCAUUGCUCGUUAUCAUUUUCUAACAGAUCAAUUAAUUCAUUAUUCUCGUUUUUUCUUUUCUUCACCAACAUUUGCAUUGAUUAAUACAUCAUCAUCAUCAUCUACUCUAAUAUCUCCUUCAACAUCAUGCUUACCAGAUAUGUCUAUAUUAUUAACACAGAAACAUCGUGCUACUGUUGAGCGUCGUCGUAUUCGACGUCAUUCAGAUUUACCAAUGUCAUUAAUGUCAAGAAUUGGUACACCACGUCAAGAUCUUCAUCAAUGUUUAGAAUGUGGUACAUGGCAUGAAAAAAAAACUAUAUGUGGAAAUUGUUAUGAUCGUAUAAAAAAAGAAACACAAUCUAUGAAAGAUUCUUUUGCAAAUAAAGAUGAAUUUAAUUAUAAUCAUCCACAACAAGAAGUUGUCUAUGUUUAUAAUAAUGAUAAUAAACUAACUGAUGAUAAAACAAAACGUAUUGUGGAAAUUCCACGUGAAAGACCAACAUGGUUUUCAAAAAAUUUAAUACCAAAAAUAAAUACAACAAAAUAG